CUGAAAUUGCCCAAAUGUUGUCCUCUCAACGGUCGCAUCGGAACUUGAGGACCACCAACGCUGGGUUCUCUUCAAGGCCCCUGCAGCCACUUUGAGUCCCGAAAUGGUUUAGCCCACGCCAAAGCUUCAAAGUACCUCACUCUUCGGAGCUCAACAUGCAAAAAACUCCACGUCUAUCCAACCCCAAGAAUUUCCUCCGAUCCCGACUCUUUCUCUCCCUCUCCUUCUCACGCCAGAGCUGCAUCACUCUCCGUCCUUGAUCUCUUCGCUCCGCUCCUCGAGUUUCUGUUCGUGACCGUAAGUCACGCAUCUCGAUACUUCUGCUUUCAAUUGCCCUUCCGGCCGAAAGAUCUUAAUACCUUCCACAAUGCUCAGCGCCGCUCUCCGAAGGCGCGUUCUCGCCCCUACCCACAGCGCCCUGCGAACCGGCUUCGCUGCCCACGUUGUGCGACACUAUGCCUCGUUCCCCGAGCACCAGGUCAUCAAGAUGCCCGCUCUGUCGCCCACCAUGCAGGCUGGUAACAUUGGCGCCUGGCAGAAGAAGCCCGGCGAUUCUAUCGCCCCUGGUGAUGUCCUGGUAGAGAUUGAGACCGACAAGGCCCAGAUGGACUUCGAGUUCCAGGAGGAGGGUGUCAUUGCCAAGAUCCUCAAGGAUGCUGGUGAGAAGGAUAUUCCCGUUGGCAGCCCCAUUGCCGUCCUUGUUGAGGAGGGUACCGAUAUCUCCGCCUUCGAGAAGUUCUCCAUCGAGGACGCUGGUGGUGAUGCCGCUAAGCCCGCUGCCCCCAAGAAGGAGGAGAAGUCCGAGUCCAAGUCUGAGUCCGCUUCCGCCCCUGAGCCUACUCCUGAGCCUCAACAAUACCAGUCUCAGGGCCGUCUCCAGACUGCUCUCGACCGUCUCCCCAACAUCUCUGCUUCCGCCAAGCGACUUGCCCGUGAGAAGGGCAUUAGCAUCGAUGGGCUCAAGGGUACCGGCAAGAACGGUCAGAUCACCGAGGAGGAUGUCAAGAAGGCCAUCAGCAGCCCCGCCGCCAGCAGCGCCCCCAGCGCUACCUACGAGGACAUCCCCAUCAGCGGCAUGCGCAAGACCAUUGCCAACCGUCUGGUCGAGUCCACCCAGACCAACCCUCACUUCUACGUCACCAGCUCCAUCUCCGUCAGCAAGCUCCUCAAGCUCCGCCAGGCUCUGAACAGCUCUGCCGAUGGCAAGUACAAGCUCUCCGUCAACGAUUUCCUGAUCAAGGCUAUCGCUGUCGCCAGCCGCAAGGUUCCCCAGGUCAACUCCAGCUGGCGCGACGGCAACAUCCGCCAGUUCAAUAACGUCGACGUCUCUGUUGCCGUUUCCACACCCACUGGUCUCAUCACCCCUAUUGUCACCGGUGUUGAGGGCCGUGGCCUCGAGGCCAUCUCUAGCCAGGUCAAGUCUCUCGCCAAGAAGGCUCGUGAUGGCAAGCUCAAGCCUGAGGAGUACCAGGGUGGUACCAUCUCCAUCUCCAACAUGGGCAUGAACCCCGCUGUUGACCACUUCACCGCUGUCAUCAACCCUCCCCAGGCUGCCAUCCUCGCUGUUGGUACCACCAAGAAGGUUGCCAUCCCCGCCGAGAACGAGGCCGGCGUUGAGUUCGACGACCAAAUCACCCUUACUGCUAGCUUCGACCACAAGGUCGUUGACGGUGCUGUCGGUGCUGAGUGGCUCAAGGAGCUCAAGCAGGUUCUUGAGAACCCUCUUGAGCUUCUUCUGUAAAUCAGGGGUAGGACGUCAAGUGGCCCCUGAAAACCGAAUUAUGCUGGGAAAGACGAAAGGGCUGGUCGAGCGAGGAAUGACUUUUUUAUAGAACAGGAGGAGAUGACCUCUGAGGGACGGAGAUGCGGUAAGGAGUUUACUUGGGAUAUCGUGGGGACACCCAUGAGAGCAUUCCUGGGUAAGGAUCGGUGAAUCACGACGAUGAUGAGCAUCUAUGAGGACACCCACAGAGCUUCUUCGCCUGAUCACGCCGCAGCAUUCGUGGAAGAUUUACGAGGCUGGAAAAGCCCGUGUACAAUGACCAUUGAUUAAUAAUGUUAUAUCUUUUCGAACUUGGGGGGUGUUUUGGACAAAGAAUCUAUUGCAUAUGCCCUCAUUAUAUGUUUCCUCCUGUUGACUGCUUUACGACCGCCAGAUAUGACUACUUAAACUGUGUCUACACUGCAUAUAUCACGACAAAACUUAAAUAUACGAUUCUCUCCUCAAGCGAUCAAUAGCUUGGUCUGUGCGAAGCAAUUGCUAACAUGGGUCAUCUUGACCAAGUUCCAGCAGGCAAGAUGUUGUAGUAGCCUACUAGGAUCCGCAUGGAAAUUGGCGAGGCUUUGAGGCAUGUUUGAUGGUCAGAAGGCAAGUAAAUAUAGUAGAGGAGAGGCUGCCAUGUCAAGUGCCCAGGUACAUUAAUACAUAAGGUGAGAUUUUCCUUCAUCGUCAAGUCAUUACAGAUCCCUCAACGCCAGUCUCAAAAUUGUGAUACAACUGAUGGAUCGACGGAGUCAAACUGCUGAGGCAUACCCAUGCCACCUCGAGCCCAGUUGAACGCUCCCAUUCCAUCUAGACCAAGGUCACCACCCAUUACCAUCCAGUCAAAGGGCAUCUCCAUAAUGCCCUGCAUGGCAUCGCUAUCAAUCGCUGGCACAUCGAUGUGUAUAGCCUCUUCGUCUUCAGGCUCACCAAGCGAUAAACCUUCCCUCUCGGCAACUUCUUUCAGCAAGUCGUAGGCUUUUAUACUCAUACUUGCUCCUGUAUCAACGACUACUUGAUCAACGUCUUCCUGCGAUAGUCCCAUUUCAAGGGCCUCGGCGAGGGCGAGGGACGCAACAACGAAGCAAUAUCCUUUUACGCCUGUCUCUCCAGCACGUAUCCGUCUCUCGAGCCAAGUCUGCGCACUUUGGAGAACAGCGCGAAGUUCAAAAAGGUUCAUGACAGGGCCGCCGCCGAGGCUAUCAUUCUGCUCCUCUGACUUCUUGAUAAACUCGAGUGCAACGGAGAAAAGCGUUUGAGUUGGAAUCACACGAAACACACCUGCUCCGUUUGUGAUAAGGCGGUUAAAACUGACUGCAGGGUCCAGGGAGCCUCCAGGGGAAGAAGUACCGUAGCGAGGUGUCGAUAGGCCAGUGAUCUGCGCGAGCUUCAGAGACGAAUCGAGGGAUACUUUGCGAGAGUAGUAGUAGGUCGGAUCCAGGGCGGAGCGGGCGACCAUCGGUUGAUGAAGAGAGAGGAAGCAGCGGUACGUGAACAUUUGAACAAGAGAACUGUGGAAGUGGGUAAAGAUAGUUCGUGGCUGGUGCCUCUGGGCUUCCGAUAGAGCAGCAAGUGUCUCUGUUAAUGUCCGGCAUGCCUUUGUGAGUUCGGAGUUCAGCCGGAGUGUCUCGGCGUAUGACUCCUUGGAUCUAAAUUCGUUGACAUGCUUGAUAAUGAUGAGGCGAAGAGCAAAGGACUUUUGAAGAGCGAGCUGGACUGACAUAUCAGUCAGAGUCUCGGGAUCGCCAGUUGGUUUUCUAUCUGAGUCUGGCUCGUCUGUGAGUUGAUCAUCAUUCAAAUUUGCUGGGGGCCGUGUAUCGUAGUGUUUCGAGGAGAGAAGAGGGGGGCCUCCAGCAUCGUAGGAGCAUUGUAGAUUGAGUUCGAGGAUGGUAGCCCAGAGGCGGCGACGGAUCUCGGAACGGUAAACGGACAUGUUACCAAGAUGCCUUGGGUCCCGAUGCAAUCCCAUGUACAUAGCCUGUCUGACCAGACUCCCUGCCGAAACCCAAGUAAGGUCCUGGCCAACCGCACAACAUGCUUUGGCGAUGACCAGCAUACACAUGAUCUGAAUACCAGCGAUAGUCAUUCUGCUCUUCUCAGGUGGUAUCAUAAGCCAGAUUUGAGCCUCAUGGACCCAGUGCAUAGAAGUCGCACGCAAGCUGAAGACAUCAUCGUGUAGAGUUGCUCCGAUGGCCAUGCACAACUGAAGCUGCAUAAGAAAAACCUGACUGGAGGCUUCAGGAUUCUGCCAGUAGCGCUCAUACUCUGACAUGAAGGUUGGACGAUGAAGAAUCCGAACCACGCCCUCGAAGGUGUCAAAAUAGGCAUUAACAAGCUGAUCAGCAAGGCCACGCUCAGGAAUAUUUUCGCCCAACUUGUCAGUCGACACAGGUUUGGAACGAUUUGCUUUGAUAGUGCGGCCCAGAGCUUUGCAUUUGACAAAACCACCGUGGUGUUGAUUCUUGCGAGACUCUGCCUCUUUGAGCAUAUCAAAAACACCGGGAAACUAUGAAAUUUAGUUAGGAAGAUUCUGUUUCGUGAAAUGGGCUACUGACCAUAUGAAUGCCGUUCAUCCAGUGGCUUUGACCGAAGAACCUCGUCUUAGAUACAGUCCCCUUCAUAGGAGCCGAGUCCGCUUCCUGGUCGUCAGGCUGUAUAAACUUGUCUUCUGCUGGUUGCGUGAUGUAGCAAGACUCGGCUAGCUUCUGCUCCAGCUCCUUGACUCUCGCAGCCAGGGCAUCAACCGUGGAGGCAUCGGAGUUGGAUCCUACUGUUGAGCUUGGAAUGCUAGAAGACGUUCGUCUUGCAGAUGAAUUUGAUGGAGACUGUCUCUGGGUAGACCCAAUGGCUGGGGCCGACCUGGCCGGCACCUGGGAGUUUGAGUCUGAAGCACCAGCAUGACCUGUGCCUUUCUUGGCACGUGAAGCCGGUAUGUGAGUUGGGGCAUAAGUGCAAGGUGAUAUCUUAGAUUUGACGCAGUUCACACAAGGUAGACUACGAUCACAUCGAAUCUUGCGGCGCCGGCAUUGCUCACACGAGAGGGCCGGCCGGCGCCGCUUCUUCUCCGUCUUAGCGGCCGAAGACACGGUUCCACCACCGGCAGUUGCUGUCUCGGCCGGCAGAUCAAAGGAAGUGUCCUGCAGGUCUGUCGGUUCUGUAAGGAUCUCCUGACUUACAUCCAGCGGACUAUUAAAGAAGAAGCUGGGGGUUGAGAGUGUGAUUGGGGGUGAAUUGCCGGGCAUACUUGAUGGAUCGAGCUCAGAGAACUCGGCCAAGAAAAAAAACAGCGAGACACGGCAAAUUCAACAAUGCGAACAGUCUGGAGAAAAGUUGUAAUUCGAAGUAUAUGUCUGUGAUACCAUGGCUGGGGG